CUCUCUCUUUCUCCCUAUUUCUUGCUUUCUGAUGCACUGAGACUGAACACAAGCUGUUAUCUGAUAUCUGAACAGAGCAUGUCCACAGGCUGUGUGAGGUCACUCUCAAACAAAGCCGAACACACGAUCACCAUGCACGAUCAUCUUUGCUCUACUAAGUCCGCCUGGGGUUCUUCCGCAGAUGGGAAUGCAGACAUGGAAAACCCGAAGCUCAGCUCAGAGGAGGAUCCGCAGGAUAAACUGACACAAAAGAAACCUCGUAGGAAAGACACGCCUGUCCUCAACUGUCCACCACUCAUACCAGGUGUGAGAUUGAUGAAAACAGAAGCUCGGAUGAUUCAUCAGGAGGAGGAAGAGAAGGAGAUGAAGAAGUAGAUACGUUUAGGUCCUAAACGCUCCGGAUUUGUUUUUUCCUUUUUGUAGUAAUGUGUGUUGCUUGAGCCUUCAUUAAAUGUGUUGCAGGUG